AUGGCGGCUUGUCUUCAAACGCAUUUCCUCCAAACCAGACCCUCUCUCUUUCGCUUCUCCACAUCUUCCUCUAGACCAACUUCCCUAAGAUGUACUUGCUCCGCCGCCACCCCUUCUACCAAAAAAUCCUACAAAAUCACUCUCCUUCCCGGCGACGGCAUAGGUCCCGAAGUUGUUUCCGUCGCCAAAGACGUUCUUCUCCUCACCGGAUCCCUCCACGGGAUUAAGCUCGAAUUUCAAGAGAAGCUUUUGGGUGGAGCUGCAUUUGAGGCUACUGGAGUACCUUUACCUGAUGAUACCCUUUCUUUUGCUAAGCAAUCUGAUGCUAUUCUCCUUGGUGCCAUUGGAGGGUACAAAUGGGAUAAAAAUGAGAAACAUUUGAAGCCAGAGACUGGAUUGCUUCAGCUGCGAGAAGGGCUUCAAGUAUUUGCAAAUCUCCGACCGGCAACUGUGUUCCCGCAGUUAGUGGAUGCUUCAACUUUGAAGAGAGAGAUUGCUGAGGGGGUUGAUCUCAUGGUUGUACGGGAACUUACUGGAGGUAUCUAUUUUGGAAAACCCAGGGGCUUUGGUACCAAUGAACAUGGCCAAGAGAUUGGCUUUAAUACUGAGAUUUAUGCUGCACACGAGAUUGAUCGCAUUGCCCGUGUUGCGUUUAACAUUGCUCGGAAGCGUGGUGGGAAACUUUGCUCUGUUGACAAAGCUAAUGUACUAGAGGCAUCCAUGCUUUGGAGAAAAAGGGUCACAGCAUUAGCACAAGAAUAUCCUGAUGUUGAGCUCUCACACAUGUAUGUUGAUAAUGCCGCAAUGCAACUAAUUCGCUACCCAAAACAGUUUGACACUAUUGUAACAAACAACAUUUUUGGUGAUAUAUUAUCUGACGAGGCUUCAAUGAUCACCGGAAGUAUUGGGAUGCUUCCUUCUGCUAGCCUUGGCGAUUCGGGACCUGGACUUUUUGAACCUAUACACGGUUCUGCGCCUGAUAUUGCUGGGCAGGACAAGGCAAACCCAUUUGCUACUGUUCUUAGUGCUGCUAUGCUUUUGAAAUAUGGCCUUGGAGAAGUAGAGGCUGCUGAAAGAAUAGAGAGUGCAGUUCUGGAGACACUGAACAAGGGAUUUCGAACUGCUGACAUAUAUUCUGCUGGAACGAAGCUGGUAGGAUGCAAACAAUUAGGUGAAGAGAUACUCAAGUCGGUUGAAUCUCACGUUCCCGCCACUGCAGGAGUGUGA